AUGCACUUCCUUCCUCCCAACACCACUGCUCAUAUUCAACCAAUGGACGCUGGUAUCAUCCGGAACUUUAAAGCCCUUUACAAGAAGUCGCUAGUGAAACACUACAUCACAUGUGCUAAGAAUGGCCAACCCCAGACGCUAACACUAAGGUUAGCAAUCCGGUUUGUCAAGUCUACCUGGGAUGAAGUGAGUGCGAAGUGCUUCAAACACGUCGACAUAAUUCCCACGACAGCUGAGAUUGAGGACGAAAGCGAUGAUGACAUCACCCUUGCUGAGCUGCGAAAUUUAAUGCAAGAAGUGAUGGGGACGAGGUCCCAACUGCUGAGCAGUACGUGA